AGAAGUAUAUUUAAGCCUUUUGCGUCAUCCUGUUUUCUGAAAAUUCAGCUUAUCCAGCUUACUCUUCAGCUGCUGUGUAUCUCUGACAUCAGCUUGAAGAUAACUGGGGAAUGUUCAUCUUUAAUUCAGCUUUUAGAGCACAGCAUUGAACUUUUAAAGGAGGAUUUCCCUGUUGAAUUGGUCAUAAUUGGAAUAGCUUUACUUCUUCUCCAGACUCCAGCUAGUCAGCAGAAGCCACUCUUAAAUCUAGCUUUGAAGGUCCUUUCUUUUGCUGAGGGUCAGAAAAUCCCAAAGUCUUCUCUGCUGCUCGUGAUGCCCCUUCUGCAGAUACUGUCUUCUACUGCCUGGGAAGACUGCAUGGCAGUGGAGGAAGAAGGUCCCUCUAGACAGCAGUUGGCUCUAAACCUUCUGGAAAUGGUACAGCAGGAAUGUUACAGAGAUGACCACCCAAAGCUCUGCUACAGGCUUCCAUUCCCUGUAACUAGCAUGUGUGACUCAAUAAUUACAGCCUGGAGGAUUCUGGAAGUAAUGAGAGAAGAAUCUGCAGCAAAUGACUGGCUGUCUUCGGUCGAGUCCUUGCUCCCUGUUACUACAGUGAUCCCCAUGCAAGUUUUUCUUCUGCUGGCUUACCUCCUUGUUGAGGAUAAAGGACAGAAUCUUCACCAAAUACUGAAGGUCACCACACAAUUAGCCCAGGCAGAUUCCUCUCAGGUACCAAAUCUGAUUCCAGUUUUGAUGUUCAAAUUGGGUAGACCACUGGAGCCUGUGCUAUACAAUGACAUAUUGUACACUUUACCUACGCUUGGUGUUCACAAGGUGUGCAUAGCACAGAUCCUGCGAGUAAUCCAACUGCUUGGAACCACCCCACAGCUGAGAGCCAUCACUCUGCGCCUAUUGACGUCUUUGUGGGAAAAGCAGGAUCGUGUAUAUCCUGAACUUCAGCGUUUUAUGGCCAUGUCUGAUGCGCCUUCUCUCUCUGUGGGCAAGGAACUCCAGUGGGAGAAAUUAAUUGCAAAAGCAGCUUCAAUCCGAGAUAUAUGCAAGCAAAGGCCCUAUCAGCAUGGUGCAGACAUGCUGGCAGCUAUUUCUCAGGUGCUGAAUGAAUGUACCAAACCUGACCAAGCUACUCCAGCAGCCUUGGUGUUACAAGGCCUUCAUGCACUCUGCCAAGCAGAGGUUGUUUGUAUUCGCUCCACUUGGAAUGCUCUCUCUCCAAAGUUGAGUUGUGACACAAGACCUCUCAUUUUGAAGACGCUGAGUGAACUGUUUUCUCUAGUUCCUUCCUUAACAGUCAAUACAGCUGAAUAUGAGAAUUUUAAAGUUCAAGUCCUCAGUUUCCUCUGGACUCAUACUCAAAACAAGGACCCAGUUGUAGCAAAUGCAGCAUAUAAAUCUCUGUCCCACUUUAGUGCAGGAGAACACACCAUUCUUCACCUUCCUGAAAAGAUUAGACCAGAAAUUCCCAUUCCUGCUGAGUUAGGUGGCGAUGAAGAUGAGGAAGAUGUGGAUCUUUCAGUUCCUGGCCCUUGCUAUCUCAGACUCCUGUCACUCACUGCUCCCUUGGUUUUACCAGCUUUAGAAGAAUUUUUUAUAUCCCUUGUGAAGCAAGAAAUGGCAAAUAUGCCCCGUGGGAUAUAUCACUCUGCAUUAAAAGGAGGUAUCCGCUCAGACCAAGGAAAGACUGUGGCAGGAAUCCCCAAUUUUAUGUUAAAGAUGUAUGAAACAAACAAGCAACCAGGAUUGAAACCUGGUCUUGCAGGUGGUAUGUUAUUUUGCUACGACAUUGCCAUGUACCAGAGUAAAGAUGGAAAACCAUUGAAUCGAUUGAUGGCCAGUAGAGGGCGAAGUUUCAAGCAGACCUCCCUUGCCCUUGUACAUGAGGUCCACAUCCAGCUUUCAGAAUGGCACCAUGCACUUUUUCUUCCACAAGCAUGGCUUGCAUAUAUGAAUCGAGCUUAUCAUGCCAUUUUACAGGGAAGAAUAGGAGAGCUAGAGCUGCAGUUAAAACAUGGAAAAGAAGGACCUGAAGAGGUACAAUACAAAAGCUGCACAGCCUGGCUUUGGGUCAGAGACAUGUUGACUGAUGAGAUCACCAAGACAGCUGCAAAGGAGAGUCCAGUGGUCAAAGGCAAUGCGCUGUUAGCCCUAAGCAGCCUUGCCGUCAUCGUAUCCAAACAUGAAGCCAGCCUCUCCUCAGACUCUGAUGGGGUCCUGGAGGCUCAACCUAAUUUCCUUCCAAUGAAAGAGUGGGUUUCCAUGGUGCUUGAUACUCUCCUAGUCAUUGUGGAUAACCAUUACCAAACCAGAGGACAACUCUUCUCCUGCUUUUAUCAUAAAUCCUAUUCUGGUGAAAACACAGCUAGUGCCAUUGCCCGUUCUGCUGCCGCCACGGCUUUGUCUCUCCUUGUGCCAGUUUUCAUUAUCUCUUGCAAAGAGAAGGUUGAGGAAAUCCUGAACAUGCUGACUGCCAGGUUACCUGGGAAACCAAGUGCUGAUGACUCUCAAGCCGUGCAAAUCCACAUGGGCCUUGCUUUGGGGAUGUUUCUCUCACGCCUGUGUGAGGAGAAACUCAGUGAUAUAUCUGGUAAACAGAUGAACCUUCUUCUGAUGAAGUCUUUGGAUGCCCUGGAAAACUGCUGCUUCGAUGCUAGUCUUGAAUACAACACCGGCUGUAUAUUGGGAGUUGGACUUGUUCUGUCCCUCAUGAGCCACAGCAGCCAAAUGGAAUCCCGAGUACAUGUGGCAGCAUCACUUCGGAAGCUGUCUGCAUAUCUAGAUGACAGGGGGAGCCAGAGCAGGACAUUUCAGGAGGUCCUCGCCUACACCCUUAGCUGUGUGUGUACAUCAGCGUUCAGUGCUGGCAUUAUUGAGGCUACGGAGGCUGAAGACAUUAUGAACAAGCUUCAACUGUUAGUAGAGAAGAACCAGCAGACUUCAGGUUUUGCCCUGGCAUUAGGAAACAUAGUUCAUGGUUUAUCUGUGUGCGGACAUGGAAAAGCUGAAGACUUGGGCAGCAAACUUCUCCCUGGUUGGAUCAGAAUUGUUCUAGCAGAGGGCACUCCCACAAUGCUGUGUCUGGCAGCCCUUCAUGGCAUGGUAGCCUUGGUAGGCUCUGAAGGGGAUGCAAUGCAGCUGAAGUCAGAAGCCAUCCAGACGUCUCAUUUUCAAAGCAGACUUAAUGAAGUCAUAAGAACCUUAACUCAAGUCAUCAGUGUCUCUGGGGUGAUUGGUCUUCAGUCAAAUGCAAUCUGGCUUCUAGGACAUCUCCAUCUAUCUACUGUGUCCUCAAAUCAAAGUAGAACCUCUGUUCCUACAGACUACAGCUAUUUGCCUGAAAGCAGUUUUAUUAGAGCAGCCAUUGGCUUCUUCAUUACAGGAGGCAAAAAAGGUCCUGAAGCUGUGCCUCCUUCUCUUCUCAAAGUAGUGAUGAAACCCAUAGCAACUGUUGGCGAAAACUACCAGUAUCCUCCUGCAAACUGGGCCGCACUCCUCUCUCCACUUAUGAGACUAAAUUUUGGUGAAGAGACACAGCAACUGUGCCUGGAAAUUAUGGUGACGCAAGCACAGUCAUCACAGAAUGCAGCUGCCCUGCUGGGCUUAUGGGUGAUGCCACCACUUGUCCACAGUCUCAGUCUGAAUAUCAAGAAAUACCUCCUGGUAUCUGUGCCUCUGUGGAUAAAACACGUCUCUGAUGAACAGAUCCAGGGGUUUGUUGAAAACCUAAUGGUGGCAGUUUUUAAAGCAGCUUCUCCACUUUGUAACCCUGAAUUAUGCCCAAGUGCCUUACAGGGUCUGAGCCAGGCCAUGAAACUGCCCAGCCCCACCCAUCACCUCUGGAGUCUUCUCUGUGAAGCUACUGGGAAAAUUUUUGACCUUCUGCCAAAUAAGAUUCGGAGAAAUGAUCUAGAGCUAUAUAUUAGUAUAGCAAAAUGCCUCUCGGAAAUGACAGAUGAUGAUGCCGCUCGGCUUUCCCCGAUUACAAAGAAUAACAUGGAAAAGGCUGCCUUUGUCAAGCUGUACUUAGUCUCUCAAGGACGGUUCCCCUUGAUGAGCCUGACUGAUAUGCUCAGUGCUGCUGUGCAGCACCAUGAGAAAGAAACACUGGCCUGGAUGAUUCUGCACAGCUUAUACCAGGCACGGAUUGUGAGCCAUGCCAAUACAGGGGUGCUGAAGAGAAUGGAGUGGCUCUUGGAACUGAUGGGUUAUAUCAGAAAUAUUGCUUACCAGUCAACAUCUGUUCAGAACAUGGCUGUUGAUGAGGCUUUGGAUUUCUUGUUACUGAUAUUUGCAGCUGCAGUGGUAGCUUGGGCAGACCACGAGUCUCCACUCUUCCUUGGCCUUAGUGCCAGCUGGUUGCCAUGGCAUCAGGAGAAUGGCCUGGCUGGGCCAGCAUCAAACUUCCUUGGCAGAAGUCCAAUGCAUAGGGUCACUCUGCAGGGGACUCUCACUCUCCUUCCCAGGAGCAUGCUGCUGCUGCUGCAGAAAGAGCCAUGGAAGGAACAGACCCAGAAGUUCAUUGACUGGCUAUUCAGCAUCAUGGAAAGUCCUAAAGAAGCCCUCUCAGCAAAGUCCAAGGACAUUUUUAAAGCCACCCUGCUGUCCUUGAGAGUUCUCCCAGAGUUUAAGAAGAAAGCCGUGUGGACCAGAGCAUAUGGUUGGUGAACAGUUUUGCAGUAGCCAGCAGCAUUCUCAGCAAGACAAGGCAAACCAUAGAAAUGAAAGUUUUUCAGAAUUCCUGAAAAUGGUGGGACACACUGAUCCUUGCAAUCAAGGGCAUAAAAAGGUGGCCA